AUGGAUACAACUCAGCUUCUGUAUUUGCUCAUGUCAGGUAGGCGAGUUGAUAUCGGUCAAAUCAUUUCUACUGAAAUGAAAAAUGUUGCAGAAAGAGGUAAGGAAUUUGGGGAUGAAACUAGAAGCGUUCAUCCUCUUGUUUAUCCCAGUCUCAUCAUGGGAUUGAUCAUUGCUUCUCAAGUAAGGCUUCCCAAUGUAAUACCAUUUGUAAUCAAAACCAAGGUUAGUGACACAUAUAUGGAGAGGUAUUUCUUGGAAAAGAAAAAGAAAAAAAGGCAAGAAGACCAAACAGGGCAGACUUCAUCCACUCUGAACUAUGUUGAUUGGGAUCCGAGACUUCGCCAAGCUUUCACCUAUAUUUGGGAUCAAAACGAUUCUAAUCAUAGGACAGCUCUUUCUUUACAUGAUUCUUUUUAG